UCGGGCGGGACCGGUUGCGUAAAUACUUUUGAAAGGCCCUAUCAGCGCGGGGGGCGGCACAUUUGAUCUGUGCGUGGGCUUUAACGGCGGAGAGUCCGGGCGGUGAGCAGCCUGCGCCAUGGAUACUGAGGGUUUGUCGGAUCUCCGGCUGCUGCAGGAGCUCAAGGAGAGCCGGAGCCGUUUCCAGACGCUCAUGCAGCGGCUGAUAGCGAAGUACAACCAACCAUUUGAGGACGACCCGCUGGUGCAGAUGGCCACGCUGACCUACGAGACGCCCCAAGGAUUGAGAGUGUGGGGAGGAAAGCUGAUAAAGGAAAGAAACAAGGAACACACUCAGGACCCUUCCGGGAAGAUGAUUGCCAGAUUAAAUAGGCAGAGUCCAGACGGCAAUGAGCAUUUACAGCCCUGCACACAAGUCCUGGGAGCCGGUUCAGACAGCAGCAGUGCAGACACAAGCCUAGAAGAGGAGGAUUGGCCAGCGUGCAUCUUGACGUCUGCAGUGCCUGGAAGCCCUUGGAAAAAUGAUUUAAGAAGGAAGUACUUGAGCCAGGUGGAUAUCCUGCUUCAAGAUGCAGAGUACUUUAAGAGCGCAGAGAAGAGAGGCAGAAAGGACACACUCAUGACUUGGGUUCCUUCCUCACCUGUCACACCAGCCCCUGGAUGCCAGGAUAGUAUCUCUGCAGAGAGCUUUGGCAUGCCUGAAGUGUCAGCUUCGUCCUCCAGAGACUCGAGUCCCUCAAACCCUUGCCCUGCUGACAUGGCCAUUAUACCUAGAAAUGACAGCUUCUCCUUACUAGAGACCAGCAGCAACAGCUUAGGCAACCAGUCCCUUGAGGAUGACAUUUGCAAUGUGACAGUCAGCGAUUUAUACGGAGGCAUGAUGCAUUCAAUGAGUAGGCUGCUGAGCUUAAAGCCUUCGUGUAUAAUCUCCACCAAGACCUAUAUCAACCGGACCUGGAACCUCAAGAGGAGGCUCCCACGUAAGAGUGGGGUGCGCAUGAACAGGACAUUCUGCCACAGGAGCAAGCCCUCCCAGAGGAGCUCCAAGAAGGGGCCCUGCUUAGAGCCAGGGAAAGAGGCCAGAAUAUUAAAAGACUGCAAGAAUGUAUUGCACAUUGCUCCCCACAAGAGAGACUUAAAACUGGAAAGGGGAUCUCUUGAAGGAAGCAAACUCCAAGUCCAUGAAUUCAGUCCAGCUUGGAAGGAGCUUCAGGGGACACCUCAGAAGUGUUCAGACUUCAACACGAUGUACUACCUUGAGCGAGAAAACAGACUGAAGACCUUGCAGUGGCUAAUCUCACCUGUUAAAGCGCUGCCCAGACCCAGGAUGCCUCCGAGUCGAACAGAGAAGCGCCACAGGGAGAUUGGGAGGAAAUUUGACCAGCUUCAUCAGGAAUGUUGCCUGUCUCCUGGGAAACAACGUCACCUGGCUGGCCCCACAGAGUCCUGGGCUGUAGAUGUGUACAGAGGUGGUUCUAGAAGCCCAGGCAGCCCCCAGGGCGUAAAAACCCACAGGCUGAGUUUACUUUUCAACAGAGGAAAGGCAAAGAGGUCACGUGAGGCUUUUGAAGACCUGAGCGAAAUGUCUGUCAAAGCCAGUAGAUGUCUCCCAAGGAGUGAUCCCGCUCCUUCACUGUCAGAGGACAGUGCCUCACAAAGCCCAGGCCAAUCUCAACAGAUGUCUGGCCUUUUUCUUCAAGGACACAAUUCUGGACCCAUCAGGAAGGCAGUAUCACCCAGUAUAGCAGUUUCAGCACCAUGGAUAGGCCCUCAGGGUUGUGGGGGGGAUCGCUAUGAUGAGAUUAAAAAAGAAUUUGACAAGCUUUAUCAGAAGUAUUGCCUGAUGUCACCUCAGCGAGUGAAGGUGACCUCUCAUGUUCCAGUACCUCCAGUGAAAGCUGGUGCAGCUGUUCCUAGUCAGACAGAGGACCUAAGAAAAUUAAAUCCAGACUCUGGAUUCCUGAGUUCCCCCAAAUCGUCAACAUCUCCUGGCUGGAACAGAAGAAGCCCACAAGACUCAAUUCCAGUUGAGGCACACAUGUCUGCGUGGACUACUAGCACUGUUGUGAGAGACCCUCAGUUCCCAACAAAGAGGCGCAAGUUGUCGUACCCUCCCACGUGUGCGCACCAGGCCAAGUCUCAGGAUUCCUCAGGAACAGCAAGCAAAGCCGUGCUCUGGGCAGAAGAGCAGGCUGGCCCCGAGGGGCCUGACUGCUGAUGAGGCGUUUCUGUCUGUCGGGCAUGGUGGUUAUGUGUAUCCAGUAGCUGCUGAGGGACAAGACUCUGUGGCAAACACUUCUGUCUCUCUUGUUGGAAAUGGGGCUCGGGGCAUCACACUUGCUAAGCCGUCUAGAACUCUGCAGCCCCUGUAGCCACUCAGGCUGUGUGGCCACCCACCCCGCUCUGCAUCACACCAUCAUCUCCAUCCGGCCACCCGCCCCGCUCUGCAUCACACCAUCAUCUCCAUCCGGCCACCUGCCCUGCUCUGCAUCACGCCAUCAUCUCUGUCCUUUCAUGUGGAAUGUUAGUGGUGCCUUGGGCUUCCCAGGCCACCAAGCCAAGCUCAGCCAUUAUCAGCCAUUAUUUCUCCUGACCAUAUUCAGGAGGAUCCUCAAUGGUAUUCUUUCUCUUAAUUUUAAUUAUUUGCCUUGUCUCUACUCCACUCUCCCCCACAUCUUCACCAUCCAUACUUCUGCCUCGGCACCUACCCAUGAUUCAAGAGGACAUGGUAAACAUGGAUUAGGGCAUAAUAUAGAACCCUUGGCUUGAUCUUUGGAGCUCUGGAUUUUAUUUUUUCUUUUGGGGGGAAUUUUUGUUUCAUUUGGUUUUUGAGACAGGUUCUUACCUAAUUAAGGACUGACCUUGGCAUCACUGUAUGGUCCAGAUGGUCUUGAGUUCCUGAUCCUCCUGCCUCUGCUUCCCAAAUGCUGAGAGUAUUUUUGUUUUCUAAUUUAUUUCCAUGGGUAAGAUACUUUGUGAACUCUAUCUUCCUGGUUGAAAUUCCAGGAAGGGACUUGCCUAUGAUCAGGUCACAGCAGGGCUAGACCUGUAGAGCAACCCAUGCAUGACAACUGGGUCUCAGGGUGCACCCACCAACAGUAUCCUUGUUUUUGGUCUAGAGCUGUUUGCCUAACUGCCUCUACCUCUUGAGCCUUUUCCUAGACCAGACUGCCACCUUGUGUUCAGUGUCCUGCUCCGGGCACUGGGAGUGACUGAGAGUGGUCAUAGUCAGGUCACCUCUGCAUAACUUGAGAUCCUCUGAUGGGAAGGACAAGGUCUCUAAAAUGGAAGCCCAUAACCUCCAUCCUCAUCCAGCCCCUGUGUCCUCAGCCUUCUGCUCAUGUCCCCAGCUGUCCCAGGAACACAGCUGUGUCCCCUGCCCUCCCGUCUGGACCUUCUUCCUGCUCUUGAUCCUAUAAAAUCCUACCACUUCAUUUUUAAACCCUGUUCUUGUUUUUCUGAGACCGGGUCUUGCUAUGUAGCCCAAGCUAAUCUUGACCUUGUGGCCCUCCUGCCCCAACCUUCCCAAGUAGGGAUAUACAUACACAGGUGCUCCUGCCUUUGACUUCCUUCUGUUUUCUACUCCAGUUAUAAGUCACUUGGAGAGGGGAUCAGAUCUCUACAUUCAUUGAUAACAUGAAGGCCAUUACUAGCUAGUGCCUUCUUUGUGUGAAGCCAGUGAGCCUUUUGUGUGCCUUACUCUAUCCACACGAGAACCAUUUGGUGAGAUGGGCAGGUCCUGUCUCAUGGUGAGAAGAUGGGCUGUGUCUGCUAACUCCUAAAUUCACUCAAGUUGGGCCAAGACUUAAGCCCCAGGACUUACCACAGGGCACAUGGCCUGCUGGGAUAGCAACAACCUUUUGUCAUUAAUGCUAUUGCUGUAGUGUGCCUUGGGUUCUUCAGCACGAUGGAAUUUCCCAUCGUGGUCAUAAACGUUUCUGAGUGCAGGAGAGUAGCAGCCAGGCAUUGAGCAGCUGGCUUGAAGCACUGUUGGGUCUGUACAAAGAACUGUCUUCACCGUUCAGGAUGGAAAAUGACUUUUUAAAAAUGUUGCCUUGCCCCAGUCGUGCUUUUCGAUGGGGUCUCUGUCACUUGUCACCCGCGCUGGCCGUAGAUGCCCCUCAAGCACGCAGCACCGCGACCCUUCUGCCUUUGCCUGUGUGUUGCUUUGCCUGUGUGUCUGUCCUUAGAGUAGCUCUGGGGCAGCCGGUGUCCUGGAAAGGGCCUGGUGUGAGUCUGCAAAUAAAGUUAACCUCUUCAGUGUCAA